GCUGACCUGAAACUGGCGCAAGAAAUAAAUAAUUUGAAAAAAUCCUUCCAAAUAGUCACUUUUCACCCCUUAGCCACCUUUGUCGGUGGGUUUUCUUCAAGUGUGAACUGUUUUCCCUGGCGAGCGUUGCGGAUUCAAAGCCGUUGUAAACAAUCGUCGCAGCACAGCGGAGAAGAUGUCUUCGUCGGAUGAAAAAGACGACGGCGGUGGCGGAGGGCCAUCGUCAUCCGGCGAAUCGGAAGUCAAAAUCAAAGAGGAACCGGAGGUGGAAGAUUCCGCAACUGCGCUGAUGGAAGUGGACGGUUCUCCGCCUCCAGCCUUUGGGCCGGCUGCUCUGGGGCUUCACCCGGUUGGGACCAAGUUCCCGGAGAAGAUGACCCCGACGAAACCGACUCAGGUGCUCAAUGCUCGCGGGAUGCCGGCCAGAAUAAGGAAGAAGAACAAGAUGUUCUUUGAUGAAGAUCUGCUGAUCAAUGACCGGAUUCCGCCGAAGGGUAGUCCCCGGAAGGGAGCGGCCACAGUUGGACCUGGAGGAACGCCUUCGGCGACUUCAUCGCCGCAGAAGGGUUUGGUGACGCCGGGAAAGAAUGUGAUCCGAUCGGGCCAGAAGAAGAAGAUACUGUCGCGGUACGACAGGAUGAAAGACAGUAUGAAGAAGCGCAAGGUAGAUCCGGACGAGGGCAGCUCACUGCGGGUGAUCAAUCCGAUUGCGCUGCUGGAUAAGAAGGCUAGUCAGAGGAUUGGACUCAGGUUGAGAAAUUUGCUGAAGCUCCCGAAGGCGCACAAGUUUGUCAGCUACGAGUGGUUCUACAGCAACAUUGAUCGGGCACUGUUCGAGGGGGAGAACGAUUUUCAGAUGUGUAUGAGGGAGAUGUAUCCGAAUCUGACGACCAGACAUUUAACGAGAGCUGAGUGGAACAAAGUCCGCCGGACCAUGGGCAAACCGAGGCGUUUUUCGGCGGCAUUCCUGGAAGAGGAACGGCGUGAAUUGGAACGGAAACGUCGCAAGAUCCGUCUGCUGCAAACCAAGCGAUCGGGAGACGUUUCGUUCGUUCGGGACCUACCGAAGGAGAUUCCACAGCAGCUUUCCGUGGGAACUAAGGUGACCGCUCGUCUGCGGGCUCCCCAAGACGGUCUAUUUACUGGAACCGUGGAAGCGAUCGACGUCAUGUCCAGCUCGUAUCGGGUUUGCUUCGAUCGGCCCGGAUUGGGCUCGCAUACGAUUCCGGACUUCGAAGUCGUGGCCAACGAUAACCCGGAGAAGAUUGCCCUGAAUACGAUCACAAAGGACUUCCGACCAAAGUAUCAGAAUGCUUCGUUCUAUGUCGCUUCGCCUGCCGUCAAGAAUCCCAUCACCGGCAUCAAGGGCGAUCCGCUGCUCGGUGGCGAUAGCUAUCCGAAGAUCCCCGGAAUGCCGGAAAACAAGAUGCUCUUUCCGAAGGAUAACAUCGGUGGAUUCCCGGUCAAAUUGCUGGAGUUGAUCGUUCGAACGCGGAAGACCCUUUCGGCCAAACAGAUGAAAUUGCUUCGGUUACAGAAUAUGAACUCGGAAGCGGAGAUCUACAAGUCCUACGGGGAUCCGUUUCCGGAGGAGUUUCAGAAGCGCUACGCCUCGCUGGUGGUGGCGAUGGAGAAGCUCAAUCGGGACAUUCAUCAGCAGCUGAACCAACUGCAGGUCAGUUGUAAGAACCUGGCGCAGGAUCCAGCGGUCCUGGCAAUGAUUUCCCCCAGUCAUCUCAGGGAACAGUGUCGCGAUCAGGCGGACGAAACUUUCGACAAAAACAACAACGGCCAGUUGACGAACGAUGCGAUGAUCAAGCUAAUUAAGGAUCUCACCACGAUCAUGUACGUGGCAUCCAAUCUGGGGCGGAACGGGGAUCAGACGGAACACUGUCUGGAGGUGCUGAGGGGCUGCAUGGAGGAAACCAAGGGCCGGUUGGACUUUGACAAUAUGGUGUCGUUUCAGCGGGGGGUCGUUCAGCACAUGAAACACAUCCAGGCGGGCUUCGAGGCGGCUCAUAAGCAGAAGAUGCUGGUCGAAGAGCAGCAACGGCAGCUGAAGCAAUCCGAAGCGGCUUCGGUGUUGGAUUCUGCUGACGGAAUUUGAGCAGGGAUGUGUGCAUUUCUAUCUUCUUUUGUAUUAAUUUUCCACGCUUUAGGUUAGUAGAUUUUUUUUUCUCAUAAUAUCCAUUUGCAUUACGAUAUAAUAAAUGAAUUCGGUAAAAAUU